UCUCAGAUCCCUGCAAGACAGUUCUCUGACUGCCUCCACACGUCAACAGACAUGAUACUGCCUUCCACGGGCCUCCCCAGCCUGUCCUGGAUGCUGCUGUCCUGCCUGAUGCUCCUGUCUCAGGUCCAAGGUGAAGAUUCCCCAGCAGACAUGCCCUCUGCACGGAUCAGCUGUCCCAAAGGCUCCAUGGCCUAUGCUUCCUACUGCUAUGCCUUGUUUAUAACACCCAAAACCUGGAUGGAUGCAGACAUGGCCUGCCAGAAGCGGCCCUCAGGACACCUCGCGUCUGUGCUCAGUGGGGCUGAGGCAUCCUUCGUGUCCUCCCUGAUCAAGAACAAUUUGAACGCCCUCUCAGACGUCUGGAUUGGGCUCCACGACCCCACCGAGGGCUUGGAGCCCAAUGCUGGAGGAUGGGAGUGGAGUAGCUCUGAUGUGCUCAAUUACGUUGCCUGGGAGAGAAACCCCUCCACCAACUCAUACCCUGGCUACUGUGGGAGCCUGUCAAGAAACACAGGAUAUCUGAAAUGGAGAGAUUAUAACUGUUAUGUGAACUUACCCUAUGUCUGCAAAUUCAAGGGCUAGAUGAGAUUGGAAGUCAUGGUCCUGAUUCUGCUGUGCAGCUCCUCAUAGACAUGGAACCAAGACCCAUCUCGGAAGGGGAUUUUCACCCCACGUCCCCAACAUGACCACUUCCUUCAGACCUUCCCACCUGUCAAUCAUAUUUCAGCUCUGUGUGCAUUUUCCAUGACCUGAGGUCUCAAAUAGAGUAAUAAAUAUCUUAUUCCAUAUUUACCUA